CCCCUCCACCCCCACUCCCCACUCCAACCCCCACCCCGCUUCUCCAGACUACUUUGUCUUUGCAAAUGCUCAGACAGCCUGCCCCCAGAGCUGCUGGGCCUGCCCCGGCUCCCUUUACCUCCAGUGUGGGAAUCUCCUACCUCUGUUUAAAGGGGAGGUGGGUGAAGCAGGGAUGGGGGAGAUAUAGUCAAGGAGGGCAUAGGGAGGGUGUUUGUGUCCCAAGGGUGGGGCAGCACUUGAGGGCCUGGGAACCCUUUAUGAGCCCAUCACAGGGUGUAGCCCCUCCCCCCAGCAACAGUGACUCACAAAGCAGACUGGUGCAGAUGCCACAGGCGAGGAGGCACCACCCAGGACAGCUCAGAGCGGUGCUAGCCCCUGCAGCGCCCGCUGGGCCGGGUCGGGGUCCCCGGAAACUGCGCAUUAGGGUUCCCGCAGAGCAGCCUCGACGCCCAUGUGUAUCGUCUGCUUCGUGAAGGCGCUGGUGCACGUAUUCAAGAUCUACCUGACCGCCAACUACACCUACAACUUCCGCAGCUGGCCCGUGGACUUCCGCUGGGAUGACGUGAGCACCCGUGCGGGGGGCAGCAGUCACCGAGCGCUGACAUGCACGGCGGCUGCAGCUGGCGUGUGGCUGCUCCAGGAUGCGCUGGCCCACUCGCUGGGCCGCUGGCUCGUGUACCCGGGCUCCAUGUUCCUGAUGACCCGAGCGCUGCUGCCGCUGCUGCAGCAGGGCCAAGAACGCCUCGUGGAGCGCUACCAGGGCCGGCGUGCCAAGCUGGUGGCCCGAGAUGGCAACGAGAUCGACACCAUGUUCAUGGAUCGCCGCCAACACCCGGGCAGCCAGGGCCGUGGCCUGCGCCUGGUCAUCUGCUGUGAAGGCAACGCCGGCUUCUAUGAGAUGGGCUGCCUGUCCGCGCCGCUGGAGGCUGGCUACUCAGUGCUGGGCUGGAACCACCCGGGCUUCGGGGGCAGCACCGGUGAGCCGUUCCCUCAGCACGAUGCCAACGCCAUGGACGUGGUGAUCAAGUACGCACUGCACCGCCUGCGCUUCCCGCCGGCGCACGUGGUGAUCUACGGCUGGUCCAUUGGCGGCUUCACAGCCACCUGGGCCACCAUGUCCUACCCGGAGCUGGGUGCACUGGUGCUUGAUGCCACCUUCGACGACCUCGUGCCUCUGGCCCUGAAGGUCAUGCCCCAGAGCUGGAAGGGACUGGUGGUGCGCACCGUGCGUGAACAUUUCAACCUCAAUGUCGCGGAGCAGCUGUGCAGCUACCCCGGGCCGGUGUUGCUGCUCCGGCGAACUCUGGACGACGUGGUCAGCACCUCCGGCCAUCUGCGCCCCCUGCCGUUCGGCGACGUGGAGGGCAACCGCGGCAACGAGCUGCUCCUGCGCCUGCUGCAGCACCGCUACCCGGCUGUGAUGGCACGUGAGGGCCACGCCAUCGUGACCCGCUGGCUGCGCGCGGGCAGCCUGGCACAGGAAGCCGCUUUCUAUGCGCGCUACCAUGUGAAUGACAACUGGUGCCUGGCACUGCUGCGCUCCUACCGCGCUCACUGCGAGGACAAACAGGAGGACGAGGAGGUCUGGGGACCGCACGGGCUCACCUUCCCGUGGCGGGUGGGUCAGGGCCUGAGCUCGCGUAGGCGCCGGCAACUCGCGCUGUUCCUGGCGCGCAAACACCUCAAGAACGUGGAAGCGACUCAUUGCAGUCCGCUAGAACCCGAGGACUUCCAGUUGCCCUGGAGGUUGUAGCCUGAGCCCCCGAGGGAACUAGCGUUUGUGCUUUUGCUCAUCUUCAGGGCCUCAGGGCCAUUCCCCUCCCCACACCCCAACCAGUAAAGCUGGCCUGCCCUGGGGACCCCAACCUAGUGUCUGGGAGAGGGUAAGGCAUUCCCUGCUCCCUUUCUCUUCCUCCCUCAAACACUUGUGGAUGUCCCAGUCUGCUCCCAGUUCCUAAAGGGAAUGCAAAGAUUAACCUGACCCAAUUAAUAGCAAUGCUGUGUGAUGGGUGCCUUCAACACCUCAAAAUGAUGGUGGGAACACGGGCUGUGAGGCCUUCGGAGGUGCUGUUUACCCACCCUGGGUUACAGAUGACUCAGGGAAAGCUGAGUGUUGAAGGGUCUGUACAAGUUGCCCCUGGCUGUGAAAGGACAUUGGCAUCUACAAAGCGGGUCUUAGCAGCGGGACCUUUCCUGGACUGUGAUGCUGCUCCAUAGGGUCCUCUCCCUACCUCCACUCCUGGCUUCUACAAGAGGGGUUCAAUGGGACCACAGACUCAAAGUAACAGGUGCACACCAUGUGGCAUGUAGCUGCUG